AUGGCGCAGCAGAGGGUUCUGCCGCAGAGCAAAGAGACCUUGCUGCAGUCCUACAACAAGCGCCUUAAGGAUGACGUCAAGUCCAUCAUGGACAACUUCACCGAGAUCAUUAAAACAGCCAAGAUUGAGGAUGAAACUCAAGUCUCUCGAGCAACCCAGGGUGAACAAGAUAACUAUGAGAUGCAUGUCAGAGCUGCAAACAUCGUUCGAGCUGGUGAGUCCCUGAUGAAACUUGUGUCUGACCUGAAGCAGUUCUUGAUCCUGAAUGAUUUCCCCUCUGUGAAUGAAGCUAUCAACCAACGCAACCAGCAGCUGAGAAGCUUGCAGGAGGAAUGUGACAAGAAGUUGAUUGCCCUGCGGGAUGAGAUCUCCAUUGACCUCUACGAGCUAGAAGAAGAAUAUUACUCUUCCAGGUACAAAUAGGGCAGUGGACUUCUGCCUUAGGACUCCAGCCCUU